AUGGAGACAGUCGACGAUCAGGUCGACGAUGACAUCUUGGCGCUGUGUGUUCCCGCCGCCGCUGACGACGGCGACCUGGACGCAUGGGUCGCCACGCUCCACAGCACGUCGAUCGACGCUGCUACGUUGCCCGACCAGAGCGCGCGGCCUGCCAAGCGCCGUCGCACGUCGUUGCGCGACGAAGUCCUGCACCUCCGCGCCAAGCACGACGCGUUGACCGCGCAGCUCGACGCUCUCACAGCCAACGCCUCGGCGAUGACGACGCCAUCUUCCAUCUGGGCCGACCGGGCCAAAGACCAAGCAAUCGCGGCGCAGCUCGCGCUGCAUGAAAACGCUCGUCUCCAAGACCUCCUUCGCGACCAGCUCAAGACCAUUGCGGCGCUUCAGCGCGCGUUCGCUCGCAAACCCAAGCUCUGCGACUUUCCAUGCUUGGCAUCCUGGAAGCUGGCGACGCUUGGAACCACCGGUCGGCGCGAAGCCAAGGCCAAGCUCAUGCAGCACCAAUAUGAUUUGCUCGCGACCGAGUGGAUUCGCCACGGGCUCUACGACAUCGAUGCGCAAGGUCAUGACGUGCGCAAGCGCUUUAUGCAAGUGGUCGACGACGCGCUCUGUGUUCACUUUGUCGAGUGUCAUGCGUACCCCGUCGACUACACCGUGAUUGCGGAUGCGGUGUGGAGCAUGCUCACCCGGCAGCUCAAGCCACAGCCCGAGCUCUACAGCGUCGCCGAGGACGUCGAUAUCGACGACGACAUUGUGUACAUUCGAUUUCUUGCGAUCCUUGCGGGCACGGCGAUGCCGCCAGUGAACGGCCGACUGCUCGCCCGUCGGUUUAUCGAGGCCGAUCGCAUCGUCUUUGUGA